AUGGCAGCCGAGUGGGAAGCAGCCUUGGGCAUGGAGCUCGGCAUGGGGACACACUACCACCACGCGCCGCCACCCGCCUCCUCGCAAAUGAACCACCACCACCACGCCGCCUUCUCCCACUCGCAUUCCCAGCCGCACCACUACCACUUCUACGGCGCGCCCUCCGCGCCCGCCGGUGGCGAGGACCACAUGCGCGUCGACGAGAUGCUCGACCUCUCCUCCCACCUCGGCGCGCACGACUUCUUCCCCGGCGCCGCCGGCAAUGGCAAUGGCGGCAGCCACUACCACGUGAAGAGCGAGGCGCCGCCGACCCCGCCUGCUACCGCUCCAGCGUCUUCAUUCAACCUCUCCUCCUACGCCGACGAGUUUUACCUGCCUGUCCCGACUGAGGAAGCUGCGGAGCUGGAGUGGCUGUCCAAUUUCGUCGAUGACUCCUACCCUGACAUCCCCAACUACCCGCCGGCCAUGCAGGCGGCGAUGGCGGCCGCCGCGAGGAACGGAGGGGGGCGGCAGCCUGCAGCGGGGCAGGAUAAUUCCGCGUCGGCAGCGCCUGGCGCCCGCGGGGCACGGAGCAAGCGGUCCCGUGCGGCCUCCGCGGCGGCGGCCGCGUGGCACGCCCUCGCGCCGCGCCAGACGAUCUCGCCGUCCUCCUCGUCCUCCUCAUCCGACCUGUCGUCCUCCAAGCCGGCGCGUUCGUUAGGCGGCGGCGGCGGAGGCAUGAAGAAGAGCGGCCUGACCGUCGAAGUGGGAGGGAGGGAGAAUGCCAAUGUUGGAGAGGACGGCGGCGUGCGGCGGUGCACCCACUGCGCGUCCGACAAGACCCCGCAGUGGCGCACGGGGCCGCUGGGGCCCAAGACGCUGUGCAACGCGUGCGGGGUGCGGUACAAGUCCGGGCGGCUGGUGCCGGAGUACCGCCCCGCGGCGAGCCCCACCUUCGUGCUCACGCAGCACUCCAACUCCCACCGCAAGGUCAUGGAGCUGCGCCGCCAGAACGAGCUCGUCCACAUCCGCGGCGGCGGUGGCAUCGUGUCGGCGUCGUCGGGGCAGAACGGCGGAGGCGGCGCGGCCGAGCACAUGUUCCGCGACUACGGCGUGUGUUGA